ACAAAUUUUGACGGCAUGAAUUUUAAUUUGAAAUACAAACAAACUUUCUCUCUUCUCUUUGCAGAACUGUGCGAUGCUGCUGCGAAAAUUCAGGCAGCCUUCCGUGGCCAUUUGACACGCAAAGUCGUGACCAAAGACGCGCCUGACGAUGUCGACAUACAGGAGAUCACCAAGAAGGUGGCUGAAGAAUUGGACAUUGAUCUAAGCGAUCCGGAAUUGAAUAAGGCGGCCACUAAAAUUCAAGCCUCCUUCCGGGGCCACAAAAUUCGCAAGGACAUAGGAACAGCUGAAUAAGAGAAUUUUUUGCCUACUAUCUGCACACAAAAACAACAAUGUUGAAGAAGGAAAACAAACUUAAAAAAAAAAAAAAAACCAAACACAGAGAGGGAGCAUAAAGCGGAAAUAAUAAAA